UUUUUGUAGGUAGGUGAAUCAGGUCUGAAAGAGGAAGCAGGAUGCCAUGAAGGCGUGUUAGCCACCGGUCACUAUGCAAUGAGUCUGUGUCUCUGUCUACCCAAAGAGUGGGCCAUCGCUUCCACCGAGGACUCUGGGAAAUGAAGCUUAUACUAUACCUGCUUUUGGCAUUGACAGUAAGCUGGACUGGACUUGUUCAAUGUGAAGACAGCGAAGAAACGGAGCAGGAGAAUGCCCUUAAAGACUCCCCAGAAACUUCCAAAGCAGAGGGUGAAGAAGAAAACUCAGAGAAUCAGGGGGAUGGUGCAGGCUCUGGAGAUGGGGGUAGCCGGGAUUUAGACUCCCAACCAAACAGUGAUUCAAACACUGACCAAACAGAUAAAAUUGAGGAAACAAAGCUGACUACUGAGGCAAAUACAGAAGCAGGCACAGAGGAUCUCAACCCAGUCAUCAUACCUCUAGUUCUCACACUGGUCAUCAUCGCUGUGAUCGUGUGUGUAGUCACGAUCUACUGCAGGUGGAGAAUAACAGGUGCUGAAGACACGAAAGAAGAUCCUUAUCUGGAUCAUGAAGACCAUGAAAAGGUGCCAAUGCCCAUGUUUGAGGAUGAUAUCCAAUCAGUGAUGGAGCUGGAAAUGGAAGACCUAGAAAAUUGGAUGGCAAAAGAUGGAGGCAAGAAAGUGGACACUGGCCAAAUAUAAUGAAUAGCUUUUCAGAACCGGCUGUGGACCUGAUGCGGUUUCAUGUGUCCUCAUAUCUAAUACUGGACAGUGUACAUGUUGUGGUAAACUUAGGUACAUGUAAGAGAAGACAUUUCCUAAUGUAUUAGAUAACUUUAUAUAAAAACAUAUUAAACUGCUGUGUAAAGACCAUCGCCGUUUGGAUGAAAACUGAAUAAAGCAAACAAACAAAAAUAAGCAGAUAGAUUUUUCUGUCUGUUGCACUGAGCAGGAUACAACAGCUCUUCUGGAAGCUGAUGUGGUCUUCUUGAUAUUUUUAUGGAGUACAACAAAAUAAUAAACAAUGUUGUAUCUUUAUAAUGUAAUAAUCAUUCUUGUCUUUAUCUUAAUGCAAUGACUGCCACAGAACUUCAAAAAUAAGAAGCAUUUCAUCAUUCCAUUUAAAUUAUAAAAACAUGAACAUUUUAACCUAUGUAAAUAUUAUUGCAUAAGUUGUAUCCUUUUUUUUUAUUUGCAGCAUUGCAAGUUUGUUUACAAUUUAUAUGAAAUUGAAUUAUUCUUAAGGAAACACCAACACAUUUCCUGCUAUGUACUGUUUUUUUUAUAUAUAUUAAAAGAGGGACUAUUGUUA